AUGGGCCUGAAGACCUUUGAUAGACAAAUUCCCCUUGGAUGUACCCGUUUUACUAACCUCCCAUCAAAUUGCCGCCUCGUAACAAACCCAUUGGACACUUGUUGCCAGACUCCACAGUGUGACCCAGAGACGACCACCACUCCACCACCAUUCCCCAUCCCAACCAGGAAACCAUCCGCUGUCACUGGACAGAGAGAGAACUACUGUGUGUACAGUGAUGGCCGCCGAUUUAAGACUGGUCAACAAUGGAAGGAUAACUGCCAGAGCUGCACAUGCCUGGACGACACCACAGGAAGCCUCAGAUGUGUGGAUGAAUGCCCACAAUACACCAACCUUCCCUCCAACUGUGUCCUGGAGACCGACCCCACCAACCCUUGCUGUAAGAGACCCAGGUGUUCAGGCACUACAGGGAGCAUCACAGGCACCAGACCUCCCACAGGUGUGACCCCCAAACCAGGCAUGACUCCCAAACCAGGCGUGACCCCCAAACCAGGCACCCCCACAGGCACCACUGGCUCCAUCACAGGCACUGGCACUGUGCCAGUUCCUGGAACACAGGGUAGCUUCACUGGAGUCGGCGUGGUGCCAUCCUCUGUUGGCUCCAUAACUGGAACGAGAAAUGGCUGCUACUACAACGGUAGGAUAUACUCUCAGGGAGAGAACUGGAAUGAUGGAUGUGACUACCAGUGUACUUGUGAAGACGCCAUCAGAGGAUUCUACAGAUGCACAGAAAUGUGUGUUACCUACCCCGACCUACCAUCCACAUGCAAGCUUGUCAAUGUGAUUGGACAAUGUUGCCCAACUGUUAACUGCCAAGGCACCCUCCCUGGUGGCACCACAGGCACUAACCCAGGUGGUACCGGCACAGGCACCCUCCCUGGUGGCACCACAGGCACUAACCCAGGUGGCACCGGCACAGGCAUCUUCCCUACUGGUAUCACAGGUGGUGGCAUCAUCCCAGGUGGUAUUGGCACAGGCACCCUCCCUGGUGGUAUCACAGGUGGUGGCAUCAUCCCAGGUGGUACUGGCACAGGCACCCUCCCUGGUGGUAUCACAGGUGGUGGCGUCAUCCCAGGUGGAUCCACUGGAAGCAUUACUGGAUAUAACAGCAUGUGUCUGUACAAGAACAGGCUGUAUAAUGAAGGAGCUAAGUGGAAUGAUGGAUGCCAGUAUGAAUGUGAGUGUACUGAUGGCAAGAUGGGAUUCUGGAAGUGCAGAGACCUCUGCCCUAAGUAUGAAAACCUCCCCUCUGACUGCACCCUGCAAACCGUGGCUGGAGAGUGCUGCAGGAAACCCAGGUGCACCAACACUCCUGUCAAUGAACUCAUAGGCACAUAUCCACCAGCCCUCACAGGGUACCGCCCUGGCAUCAUCCCUGGUGGGAACCCUAGUAGUACUCUUGGCACCAUCACCGGUAUAGGAGGAAGCACCACUGGCACAGGAGGAAGCACCACUGGUACAGGAGGAAGCAUCACCGGUACAGGAGGAAGCACCACUGGCACAGGAGGAAGCACCACUGGUGUUGUGAUUCCUGGAACCGUCGGAGGAAUUACUGGAACGAGAAAUGGCUGUGUGUACAAUGGCAAGACCUACAAACAGGAUGAGAGUUGGUCUGAUGGCUGCCAGUACGACUGCCAGUGUUUGGAUGCCAAGACUGGACAGUACAGCUGCAGAGAAAAGUGUCCAAGCUACACCAACUAUCCAUCAUAUUGCUCUCUACAAACAGUACCAAACCAGUGCUGUAAGAAGCUUGUCUGCUCAGGACCAGCAAACAUUGGAAGCACUACUGGCACGAGCACAGGAACAGGUACAGGCACAGGAGGUGUCAGGCCAUGUGUGGACAUUCUCCCUAACUGCAAUGAGUACAACUUUGCCGAGGCCUGCACAGGACAGUACUUGGGAUGGGCCGUGAAGAACUGUGUCAAGACAUGCGGACUGUGUGACUACCUCACAACCACUCCAUUGCCAACAGAUGGCUGUGUCAACAAGCUGUCCAACUGUGAUCAGUUUGAGGACUCUGCAUGUACUGGACCAUACAAGGCCUGGGCUAAAGCAAACUGCCCAAGAAGAUGUGGUCUGUGUGACGAGCUGAAACCAACCACGCCAUCCCCAGAUGGUUGUGUAGACUUGAUCGACUGUGAACCCUACACCAAGUCUGUCUGUACCAAUCCAACCUACAUCCCAUGGGCCAAGGCAAGAUGUGCCAAAUUCUGUGGAUUCUGUGGUAGUGGCACUGGCAACAGUGGUUCUGGCACAAACUCAGGUGGUGCAGGAUCUGGCGGAAUCACCAGUGGUCCAGGAUCUGGCAUAAUCUCCGGUGGUGCAGGAUCUGGCGGAAUCACCAGUGGUCCAGGAUCUGGCAUAAUCUCCGGUGGUGCAGGAUCUGGCGGAAUCACCAAUGGUCCAGGAUCUGGCAUAAUCUCCAGUGGUGGAUCAGGAUCUAUAAUCAAUGGUCAAAGUGGCUACUGUUUAUACAACGGAAUUCAGUACACACAGGGACAAACGUGGCGUGAUAAGUGCUUAUACUCUUGUACCUGUACAAACGCACUGACAGGAAACUACAAUUGUCAGACACUAUGUCCCCAAUGGCAGCUCCCAUCAAUCUGCUCCCUGAAGCCAGCACCGGCGGGCAAGUGUUGUCCAAUCCCAUCCUGUCCAUCCUACAUAACCAUCACCUACCCUGGAGGGCUAACAGAGGCCACACUGCCAUAAUAACU